AUGGCCGGAGGCUUCGGGUCUUCCAAGAACCCAGUGGACAAUGCUGGACUUUUCUCGUUUGCUACCUAUUCUUGGUUUUCCUCUCUAAUGCUCCAAGGAUACCGGCACAAAAUCGAUAUAGCCAUGUUGCCUCCUAUCUCUUACUACGACAGUGCCGAACCAAAUGCCAAAAGAUUUCGACUCCUUUGGGAAGCUGAGGUUGCCAAAGUCGGACUUGAGAAAGCUUCUUUACACAAAGUGUUUUUUCAAUUUCAAAGGACAAGGAUUUUCAUGGACAUAAUUGCUAAUAUUUUUUAUACCAGUUUUGGUGUUUUGGGGCCAACCCUGAUCUUCCAUAACAUCCUCCAGUACAAUGACAAAGAUUCAAAGGACUUGCUGGAGGGUAUUGGCCUCUGCACGGCCCUUUUUUUCAUGGAAGUUUCCAAAGUUGUGUUGUGGUCAUUGACGUGGGUUAUCAACUAUCGCACAGCUAUCAGGGCAAAGGUUGCUGUGACAACUAUCGCUUUUGAGACCUUGCUGACAUGUAAGUCCUUGAAACACGCAUCUUUAAGCAAGUUGAUUAAUUUCUUAGCCAAUGAUGGUUUCCGGAUAUUUGAAGCUGCUUUGUUCGGCCCCAUGCCUGUGCUGGCACCUCUUUUGAUCAUAGUUUGCACCAUCUAUUCCUGUGUCCUCCUUGGUCCGACAGCACUGAUGGGAACAUUCAUUUAUGCUGCAUUUAUACCAUUACAGAUGCUGAUGGCCAAAUUAACGUCCGUUUUCCGAAGACGCUCUAUUUUGCUGACCGACAAACGUGUGCUAAUCAUGAAUGAGGUUUUGACGUACAUUAAGCUAAUCAAAAUGUAUGCCUGGGAAAAAUCUUUUGCAAAAAUUAUCACAGGCAUCAGGGAGUCAGAAAGAAAAACACUGGAAAAGGCAGGAUAUGUCCAGAGCGUGAACUCUGCCCUUACCUCAAUCGUUGCCACGUUAACCAUUGUUAUGCUGUUUUCCUUCCAUACCCUGUUAAAGCGUGAACUCACAGCUGCUGAUGCCUUCAGUGUGAUUUCAGUAUUUAAUACCAUGAGGUUUUCAAUUGCCAUUUUGCCAUUUUCGGUGAAAUCCCUGGCAGAAGCCAGUGUCGCCUUAAAAAGGCUGAAGAAAAUUCUCACUAUGAAAACGCCUUCUGCGUAUGUGACGACCAUGCAGGGCUCCAGAAAUGCUGUGAUGCUGAACAAUGUCACCUUAUCUUGGGAAAGUGCUUCUGGGGAACCCACCUACAGCAAAAGUGGGAAAGGAACACUUCUCCAUCAGAAAAAGGUCUGCAAAUCCCCUCCCAGAAUAGAUGCGGUCAUUUCUCACUCUCAGAUAUCAAUGAUUAGGAGCAAUAUCGACUACAGCUUCGUCCUGAGGAAUAUAAAUAUUAUAGUAAAGAAAGGCAAAGUUUUGGGGAUUAGUGGCAAUGUCGGAAGUGGAAAGACCUCAAUCCUCAAGGCAGUAUUAGGACAGAUGUAUCUGUAUCAUGGGAAUGUGGUGGUGAAUGGCACUUUGGCGUAUGUGUCCCAGGAAGCAUGGAUAUUUCAUGGAAGUGUCAGGGAUAAUAUACUGUUUGGAGAAGACUACGAUGAACAAAGGUAUAAUCACAUCAUCAACAUUUGCAGUCUCAAGACAGAUAUGGAACGUUUAUCCUAUGGAGAUAUGACUGAAAUAGGAGAAGGGGCUCUGACCCUUUCUGGAGGUCAGAAGCAGAGAAUCAGUUUAGCUCGUGCUGUGUAUGCAAACCGAGAUAUUUAUUUAUUGGAUGAUCCUUUGUCCGCCGUGGAUGCUCAAGUUGGAAAGUCUAUUUUUGAAGAAUGCAUCAAGAAAGCUCUUAAAGAGAAAACCAUCCUACUGGUAUCACAUCAGCUGCAGUAUCUGCAGUUUUGUGAUCAAAUCAUCUUGCUGGAGGACGGGGAGAUGUUGGAAUGUGGGACCCACCCGCAGCUGUUGAAAGCCAAGGGCCGUUACUCUCAACUCUUUUAUAAACAGCGUGCAGAAGACAUCAUUAUUGCAGACAACCAAUUUUUCCCGUCAUCGUCAGAUGAAUUAAUGAAAAAGAAAGAUACCCAGGAUCACAAUCCAGACAACUCUUCCGCAGAAUUGAAAGCUCCUGGUUUUGAUGAGCCUGAUGAUAUGGAGACUAAGAAAGACCUUAAAAGAGGAAUGAGCAGAACUCCUGAAGGCCAGCUGAUUCAAAAAGAGGAGAAGGCAGAAGGUUGGAUCAAAUGGGAAAUCUACCAUACUUAUAUCAAGGCAUCUGGAGGUUUCCUUUUGUGGUUUGUCAUCAUUCUUCUCUUUGUUCUGAUGAUUGGCAGCUCAGCCUUUAGCAACUGGUGGUUGAGUUUCUGGUUAAACCAAGGAUCUGGGAAUGCGACCUGUAAUCCUCCCCAAAACACAACCUGCAAUGCGGGCAGCAUCACCACCAACCCUCAGCUUCACUUCUACCAGCUGGUCUUCGGGAUGAGCGUGGUUAUCAUGAUUAUCCUGAGUUUCAUCAAAGGUUAUGGUUUCACUAAGCUGACCUUACGAGCUGCCUCCAACCUCCAUAACACCAUGUUUUACAAGAUCUUGAAGAGUCCAAUGAAUUUCUUUGAUACCAAUCUCACCGGCAGAAUCAUGAACCGUUUCUCUAAGGAUAUGGAUGAAGUGGACACGCGGUUGCCCUUCUACCUUGAGAACUUCCUGCUGCAGUUUUUCGGACUCCUGUCCAUCUUUACAAUGAUCACCAUCGUCUUUCCUUACCUCCUCAUCAGCACGGCUGUCCUAGCGAUCAUUUUCAUUCUGCUCUUCCAUAUUUUUCAGAACACCAUCCAAGACCUCAAACGAAUUGAGAACCUCAGCAGAUCCGUGUGGCUCUGCUUGAUCACAUCUUCAAUCCAUGGUCUUAGUACGAUCCAUGCCUUCAACAAGACAGAGGACUACAUCAAUCGUUUUAGGAUCUUGAAUAACGAAAACUCAAACCAUUUCCUUAUGUUUAACUAUGCACUGCGAUGGUUUGCAUUGAGGACAGAUAUUCUCAUGAGCUUCAUGAUGUUGACUGUAGCCCUGUGUGUGGUCCUCAGCCAUUCUUCUAUCAGUACUGCAGAAAAAGGCUUGGCUCUAUCUUAUUCUCUCCAGCUAAGUGGACUUCUUCAAGUAUGCGUGAGAUCGUGCAUUGAAGUGCAAGCCAGAUUUACUUCUGUGGAGCAGAUAACCGAAUACAUUGUGAAAUGCACUCCUGAAGGAUCAGAGAUCCCUCCCGUGAUCACCCCUCCUCCAGGCUGGCCCGAUCAGGGGGAAAUCAUUUUUAAAAACUAUCAGAUGAAAUACCGAGAAAAUAGUCCUAUUGUACUCCAUGACAUCAACAUCCACAUUCAUGCUAAAGAAAAAAUUGGGAUAAUUGGCCGGACAGGUUCAGGAAAGUCCUCUUUAGGAGCUGCUCUGUUUCGACUCGUGGAACCAACAUCUGGCACAAUCAUCAUUGAUGGCAUCGACUACCGCAACAUUAGCCUGGAAUCUUUACGUUCAAAGCUGUCCAUCAUUCCACAAGAUCCUGUUCUGUUUGUAGGUACAAUAAGAUACAACUUAGAUCCUCUUCUGAACCACACUGAUGAUCAAAUUUGGCAAGUUCUGAACCAAACCUUUAUGAUGAGCAAGAUUUCCAAACUACCAGGAAAGCUGGAGGCAGAAGUGGUCGAAAACGGGGAAAAUUUUUCAGUGGGGGAACGACAGCUGCUCUGCAUGGCGAGAGCCCUCCUGCGAAACUCCAAAAUUAUCCUUCUUGAUGAAGCCACCGCUUCUAUUGAUUCCGAGACAGAUAUGCAGAUUCAGAGGACUAAUCAAGAAGCAUUUGUAAACUGCACAGUCUUGACAAUAGCGCACCGCCUAAACACCAUUCAAGAGUGCGACCAUAUUUUGGUGAUGGAUAAAGGAAAGGUUGUUACCUUUGGCAAGCCGAAAGAGAUAUUCAAACAUCCCAGUUUUCAUUUGCCCGACGUAUCAUCACCAUCAGUGUUUUCUAGGUGGAGUUUGAACAAAUAA